GCUGAUUUACCGUACCGCCCCGCAGCCCGGGUUUUCAGGAUAGCCGUUAACAGCCCCGCUUUAACUAGCAGGGGGCAGGCGCUGAUUAACGGCCCCCUUCCGUGUCUCACCUGAUCUUCCAGGAGUUUCCAGCUCUCACGUGUGUGCGUGGUUUUGAAGCAGCAUUAAAGCUGCUCAGGGCAAGAGGAUUUAAACGCCCCCAGAAAGAGCUAAGAGCUCGUUGCUUGUUCGACCGGAGGACUAAGGGGCUUUAAUGAAGACAGACCACGCUCUAGAAAUGGUGCAAUUUCAGGUUUCAGAGAAGGCCGUUUGGGAGAGCCGCUGGAGCCUUCACCUCCUCCUUCCUCCUUUAUUCUGUUAAGGAGAACCGAGGUAGCGGGAAAGGACAGUGUAGGCGCUCGAGCGGGAGAAGCCAAACAUUAGCCUGACCCGAGUCCUUGGAAAGCAACUGACAACAGGAAGGAAGCUUAUUAACCCCUCUGCUCCCCCUCCCUUUUCCCGGGGUGAGAAUCGGCUCCUCCUCCCGGGCGUGCGACCCCGGGGUAAAAUGCAAGCGGCCGCCUGCUUUCCAAACCCUGCGCGCGGCGCCCGGCGGAGGAAGAAGCAGGCGGCGAGGGCGCCGCCCCAAGCUUCGUGGAGCGAGUUCGUCUCUUCGGCGUGAAGCUCCCGAGCGAGACAGCCUGGACCCCGCGACCGUCGCGCCGGCUGGGCACCGCAGGCGCCCCAUUUCCCGGCCUCUCUUCGGAGCUGGAACUCUGCACCGCAAUCCCUAGCCUAAUCCCUCUCAACACCACGGCGCCACCAGCCCCGGUGCCUCGCGCAGGUGGCGCAAACGCCCCCGCCCUCGGGCGCCCCCUGCCGGGGAGAGGGAAGGCGGCGGCGGGCGCGGAGGAGCCGGGCGCAGGGCGGGGAGAGAGCUCCGGUGCCGGGAAGAAGCCGGGAGCUUCCCUGAUGGUGCCGCCGCCUCCGAGCCGGGGAGGAGCGGCGAGGGGGCAGCUGGGCAAGAGCCUGGGUCCGCUUCUGCUGCUCCUGGCGCUGGGACACACGUGGAGCUACCGAGAGGAGCCCGAGGACGGCGACAGAGAAAUCUGCUCGGAAAACAAAAUCGCCACGACCACAUACCCGUGUCUGAAGUCUUCGGGCGAGCUCACGACGUGCUUCAGGAGGAAGUGCUGCAAAGGGUAUAAAUUUGUCCUUGGACAAUGCAUCCCAGAAGAUUAUGAUGUAUGUGCUGAAGCUCCCUGUGAACAGCAGUGCACAGAUAACUUCGGCCGAGUGCUGUGUACUUGUUACCCAGGAUACCGAUACGACCGGGAGAGGCACCGGAGGCGUGAGAAGCCGUACUGUCUGGAUAUCGACGAGUGUGCCACCAGCAACGAGACGCUGUGUGCACACAUCUGCGUCAACACCUUGGGCAGCUACCGCUGUGAGUGCCGAGAGGGCUACAUCCAGGAGGACGAUGGGAGAACGUGCACCAAGGGAGACAAAUACCCCAACGACACUGGGCACGAUGAGAAGGCGGAGAACGCAGUGAGAGCCGGCACCUGCUGCGCCACGUGCAAGGAGUUUCACCAGAUGAAGCAGACGGUGCUGCAGCUGAAGCAGAAGAUUGCCCUGCUCCCUAACAGCGCUGCGGACCUGGGCAAGUACAUCACUGGUGACAAGGUGCUGGCCUCAAAUGCCUACAUUCCAGGACCUCCUGGCCUGCCUGGGGGCCAGGGCCCCCCCGGCUCGCCAGGACCAAAGGGGAGCCCAGGCUUCCCGGGUAUUCCAGGCCCCCCCGGGCAGCCCGGCCCGCGGGGCUCCAUGGGACCCAUGGGACCGUCUCCUGAUCUGUCCCACAUUAAGCAAGGCCGGAGGGGCCCUGUGGGUCCACCAGGUGCCCCAGGAAGAGAUGGUUCUAAGGGGGAAAGAGGAGCAGCUGGCCCCAAAGGGUCUCCAGGAGAAAUUAUAAGCUUUAUGAUGCCAGAGCCUAUGGGGAUACAAAGGGAAUGCUGUCUCGUCUCUCCUUCUGUAUUAAUUCUAACACCUGCCACAGAAUGAAUCGGUCAACUGAAGUCAUUUCUACCGUAUAAACUCAGGCAAGUGUGUUCCUAGCCAAACAGGUAAAUAACAAAUGCACGUUGGCAUGCAGGGGUCGGGGGUUUGUUACUCCACCAGGUACCAGGUGAAGGGCCCCCUGGUUCUGGCCGUGCUCCCUCUCCAGGGUUCAUACUACUGUCGGCCUCGUGAGGCCGGCUGCCAGGCGUGCAGGGGGAGGGUAUCCUUCGUGACUAGGCACCAGGCAUCUCCUUGGGGUGAUAGCAAAUCCCUCCUCAUACUUGGAGUGUCCCUCCCCCUCUCCCCACUCCAGCCUGUCACAGAGCAGCAGUAUCGCCGUAACAUCUUUCAGAUAAGCUUUCCUGAAAAGGGAAUUUAUUUGCAGGAAUCCAGGCUAAACAACGAGAAGAACGGAGCCAUCUAAAGUUAUUCAUAAUGAGUUCAGGAAAUAGAUGAAAUUUGUCCUGGCACCAUCAGCAUGUAUGUUUCACAGCAAAUCAAAAAAAUAAUUUUCCAUUUGAGGAAAAAACACAAACAUGACCGUAACCGUUAACGCAUAAAACCUCGGACUUCACGUGCUCCUGCAACAAAUAUUGCUGCUUCAGGGAUAUCAGAGAAAAAAGACCCUUUUACACAUCCCCCAGGGACCUCAGCGUUCUUUAUGAGAUGCCCAAAGCAAGCACCCUGGGGAAGUCCAUGUGUGUCGUGACUCUAUUUUUAUUUCCAGUGGCUAGUCAUAUACUUCAGUAGCUAUGUUCAUUAUUUAUAACAGGUCCAUAUAACAGUUGAGCUAGUAUUCAAUUAUGGAUGUGAUGCUAUGAAAUGCCUUUGGUAAGAUUAUAUAUGCCUAAUAACAAAGUUAUUUUUCUGAUGUGGUUGUAUUGUGCUUUAUCCUGAUGCUGAGUCCUGCAGAAGUAGUCUGUUUAUCAGAUGGAUACGAGGUGACGGAGAGAGAUGUUUCCCUGAGGAGCCAGAAUCUGCCUUCCGGGCAGGCCACCUCCUGGGGGAGUGUGGCCCCAGCGUUCGAGUCUGAGGGCCCAGCUUCCACGGAAGCUGAGUCUCAGAGGCCUACGUCCCCAGCUGGCGGGGGGGGAUCCUCCGGGACCCCCGUGGUGGGGUUUUCAAACCAGAAACUCUGGGGAUCACUGGAGAUGCCUUAGACGGAGGCUUGUGAGGGUUCCACACCCGCCGCAAUUCCCGCUGCACCGUGAACAACUCAGCCUUCAGUCGGAUUUGGAUUAGGAUUCCACAUAAGUCUUCCUUUGGAAGGGAAAAAAAAGUUGACUACCUAAAAAAAAAAAGAGGUUACAGUAGAGUUGGGGGAGAGAAGGAAAGCCCCAUGAGUUGGUAGCUAAAGUUCCCUUAUGUGAAGAUUAAGAGGAGGGGAAUUUUCAUCAGUUGGGCCACGCGGGAGACGGAGCUAUGUAACGAAAAGGGAGGGUACUUCUAAGAGAUGUAUGGCACUCUUCAGCAGGGUGACUUUAGCGUCCCCAAGUUAAUCCGCGUUUACACAUCUCACUUUCCUCUAGCAAACAGCUAUCGAACGCUUGCUGUCAACUGCGCACCGCACUUUGCGCAGCGGACACAGGGGAGCAGAAAGUCAUAAUCCCCAUCCUCCUGGGGGUUUUUGGCAAAACAGACACGAUCCUUCCAGGCAAAAUAAAUUACGUACAUGUGCAAUUACAAACUGUGAUCAGUGCUGCGAAUGAAAAGUAUUGCAGGAGCCAGUGCCAGCUCGUGCCAGU